CAUACUUGGUCACACUGUCUACCGGCUGAGUUUGGUGCGCACAUGUUUUGAUUGUUUUCAUUUCGUAAAUCAACCUCCGAUAUUCUUCCGAGCUGGAAAAAUGGGCGGCCACCACAAGAAGAACCUGCGUGCGGAGAAGGCCAAGGUGAAGCUGAAGGGCGCCAAGCUGCCCAAGGGCCUGAACGUGACCAAGACGGACUUUAAGGUGCGCAAAAUUGAGAUUCGUGAGCAGCUCAAGGAAUCCUCCUACUCGGAAACUGGCCAGCGACAGUUUAAUCUGAAGGAGACGCUCUCCCGCCUGAAGCAUCACAGUGUCAAGUUCCGCACUGAUGCACAGCGCAAUGUUCGUGAUUCCCUGAAGUCCGGCAAUGCGGACCAUCUAAUUGGUCAUCUGAACGAGCUGUUUCAAGGAAUUGCAGCCGGCGCUUUGGACAUGGAGAGGUCGGCGCGACAGGAAUCAUUUAAGACCCUUGAUGUCAUGCUGGAGGCCCUGCAGCCGCAGGCAGUGGCGCCCUUCUUCCAUGUCAUUGCCACCUAUUUGCGUUGCGCCAUGACCCACGUGCUGCCCGCCAUCCAGGAGGACUCGCUCCUCAUGCUCGACGUCCUACUGCUGCGAGUACCGCCGGCUUUUCUGGCAGAGCGGAGUGCCAGCACCAUUAUUGGCAACUUCAUCGACAUGAUCUCCCGCGCCCGCCACGACAACGAGCGUUCGAAUCGCACGUUAACAUUGAACCUAAGUCAGGGCAAGCAGACGACUGUGAAGUGGCGCACCAAGGUGCUUAUCCGACUGCAGCAAAUUCUCGGCACUCUGGUCACCUCCAAGACGGCUAAGCCAGCCGCUGCCCGUGUGGUUCACUUCGAGGAGAUGCGUCCGCAGUACUACAAUGUGCUGUGUCCCGUGCGCCACGACAACCGCGAUCUGCAUGCCAUCCUCAAUGAAUCCAAGCUAACUGCGGAAGGCACGCAACUGCAUACGUACGUGCAGCAACUGCUUCCUCUGCUCCAGGACAACUGGAUGGAGGUGCGACCGCAGGAGCAACAACCUUUGCUCAACCAAGAUGCGGCGGCCAGCCUGCAUGUGGUAAUUGGCCUAAUGAGUCUGCUCUGGAACCUAAUUGAGCAGCAUGAGGCGGAACACAGUACCACGGAACUAAGCGAUUGGCUGAGGAAAAACUAUGCCCAGAAGUUUCUGCUUAACUUUUUGGCCAAGGACGGCAGUCGUUUUCCUUACCAACAGAUACCUUUGGCCACCAAGAAGUCAGCUAAGGAAAAGGGAGCCAUCGAUGGCGGAGAACUAUGUAUGCCGCAAAACUUGGGCAUUGUCCGGCUGACCUGUAAGUUCUUUCCGCGUCCCGUCGAAAGACAGACCCAAAUGUUUGCGCAUUUGGUUGACUACAUGCAAGAGAGUUUAAAUCGCCUCAAUACACUGUCACCGGAGCAGCAACUCUCACUGGUGGCUUCUCUGCGUGCGCUGCUCUUCGAAAACGCGAUAUCGCUGCUGAACAUCGUGGCGGAGCCGUUGACCAGCCUGUUGAGCGCAACCAGCGAGGCCUAUGUGGGCCAAAGAUUCACCACACGCGAAGGCGUUGCCACUCGAGUGCUGAACCUUCUCUGCGAGAUUGUGGAGCGUUCGGAUUUAUACACGCGCUUCGGCGGCGAACAGAGAUUCACUUCCUUUUUGAGCUAUCUGCCGCAACUUCUGCUGAAGCCAACCGUGGGUGAGAGUACUUUGCGAGCUAUGGCCACGCUCUGCCGCCAACUGAAUGGUGUCUUCAUGGCCGCGCUAGUCCAGUCUGCUCCUGAGAUAGUCAGUCACUUGAAUAAGCUGCAGAUCACGGGCGAUAUCGAAGGCCAGGACAAGUUUGAGAACCAGAAGCGAGUAGUCAACUUGUACUACUAUGCCAGAGAAUUGGAUAAAGAGGGGAAACUGGAGCGUUCAGUUAAACAGCUGGAGGAGCAGGUGGAGAGCAAACGAAUUGCUGAUUACCUAAAGGCUGUAGUCGGCUACAACUAGUGAUUGCCGUCCGCUAUGCAAACUCACAGUCUUUGUUUAGCUUCUACAAUUAGUUUAAUGUUUACAUUAUAUUCCUCACGCUUAAGACGAA